GCACCUCAAUCAAUGCCAGUUCAGAGACAUACUGUACAUACCUUAUAGAACGAAACAAUGUCGAAACCCACACCGAUCCACUUCUUCGACAUCAAGUCAAUCCUUUCCGGACCUGCGCGAGCCUGGUCGCCCAACACGAUCAAAACGCGAAUGGUGCUCAACUACAAGCAACUCCCCUACACGCAGACCUUCAUCUCAUACCCGGACAUCGCGCCGUUGCUCUCGCACAUGGGCGUAGCCCCGCAAGCCGAAGGCCGCACCUACACGCUGCCAGCCAUCCACCACCCGGCCUCGCUCCCUCCCGCUGACAGCCCUUCCUCCGGCACGACGCUGAUGGACUCGCUCGCCAUCGCCACGCACCUCGACGCCGCCUUCCCCACCCCGUCCAUAUUCCCGUCGGGAGACGCCAGCUACGCCCUCGCGCUGGCCGUGAGCAAGCUCAUGGGCGCCGUCUGGACCCACGCCGUCCCGCUGAUCGUGCCCCGAGUCGCCGACUUCCUCGACCCCCGCGGCCGCGAGUACUUCAUCAAGACGCGCUCCGCGCAGUUCGGCAUGCCGCUCUCCGAGGUCCGGCCCCGCGAUGACCGCGAGGUCGAGCGCCUGGUCGCUGCCAUGAAACGCGAGAUGACUGUCAUCGUGAUGAUGUUGCGCGGCCGUCGGGGCACGAAAGAGCGGAGUGGCCCGUUCUUUGAAGGUGCGACGCCCGGUUAUGCGGACUUUUUGGUCGUAGCGGUGUUGGCGUGGUUCGAGAGGGCCGAUAGGUCGAUCUGGGCGGAGAUGCUGGGGCUGGGUGAUGGGGAGGUUAAGGCGCUGUGGGAGGCUUGUUUGCCGUGGGUGGAGGGCCAGGGGGAGGAGAUGAGUGACGAAGAGUGGGUGAUUCCGAGGUGA